AUGUCUCACGGCAAGAUGACACUGUACAAGCUGGUGGUGCUCGGAGAUGGUGGUGUUGGCAAGACGGCUCUGACGAUACAACUAUGCUUGAACCACUUCGUCGAAACGUACGAUCCGACCAUCGAAGAUUCUUACCGCAAGCAAGUUCAGAUUGAUGGCCAAUCAUGCAUGCUGGAAGUACUAGAUACUGCUGGGCAAGAAGAGUACACAGCGCUGAGAGAUCAAUGGAUACGGGAUGGCGAAGGCUUCGUUCUGGUCUACUCCAUCUCCUCACGAUCAUCAUUCACCCGCAUACAAAAGUUCUACCACCAAAUACAACGGGUAAAGGACUCAGCAGCAGCCGGCUCUCCCACAUACCCUGGCUCACCACUCUCGCAGACCAUGGGCAGCUCCACGUUCGGGCCAGCGCCAGUGAUGCUAGUGGGCAACAAAUGCGACAGAGUGACAGAGCGAGAAGUCUCAACCCAAGAAGGCAGUGCUCUGGCCAAACAACUAAACUGCGAUUUUGUCGAAGCCUCCGCCAAAAACUGCGUCAACGUAGAGAAGGCCUUCUACGACGUGGUACGACGACUACGAAGCCAACGAGCGAAUGCACCACGCGAUGCUAGUAAGAACAAUGCGACCAACAACCACUCCUCACGGCAACACGGCGGAGGCUACGACCGAGACAGAGACGACCGAUACUAUCGUUCCGAGGGCAGAAACGGCAACGGUAAGAAAAAGCGACGUGGUGGUGGUGGCUCGAAGUGUGUGAUAUUAUGA